AUGGAUCCCAAGAGUGAUGAAGGAAUAUUCCUGGGUUACUCUAUAAAUAGCAGAGCUUACAGAGUCUUUAAAUCCAGAACCAAAGUUAUGACGGAGUCUAUAAAUGUUAUUACUGAUGAUAGAGGAUGGAAUAAUGAAGAAGAUGUAUUAGAAUAUGUUGGAACAUCCUUGUCUGAUAUUCCAACAGAAUCAAAUGAAAGAAGUAUUGAUUCUAAUCCACCUCAAGAAGAUCCCGAGCCUAGUCAUCUCAAUAAAGGGCCUUCAAUUAGAACCCAGAGAGAUCAUCCUAAGGAGCUUAUCAUAGGAGAUAUAAAUAAAGGAGUUACUACCAGAUCAAGAGAAGGGAUAUCAAACUUUUGCUUUGUGUCAAAAAUUGAGCCUAAUAAUGGAUACACUCAAAUUGAAGGAGUUGAAAUUGAUGAAACCUAUGCUCUUGUAGCCAGACUUGAAUCAGCCAGACUACUCUUGGGAAUUGCAUGCAUACUGAAAUUUAAAUUGUUUCAAAUGGAUAUAAAUAGUGCAUUCUUAAAUGGAUAUCUGAACGAAGAAGUUUAUGUGGAACAACCUAAGGGAUUUGUUGAUCCAAGUUUUCCUAAACAUGUGUACAAACUAAAGAAAGCUUUGUAUGGAUUAAAGGAGGCUCCAAGAGCUUGGUAUGAGAGAUUGACAGAAUUUCUUGGUGAGAAUGGAUAUAGGAAAGUGGCAUAG